GGGCGGAGCGUGGCAGCUGGCAGUAGUUCCGUCAGAGCGGACAUCUUGUGGCUGUGUCGUGCGCGUGAGCCCCGUAGGGCCGGGGAGGCACCAGCUGCCGCGCGGGGAGGAGGCCGAGGCCGCAGCUUGAGGGAGGCCCCGGCCCCUCUGCGCCUGUGUCUGGCAGAGCCGGUGUGAGACCAAGAGACAAUCCUUCCCAGCCGCCGGGAUAAUCAAGAGUUUUGGCCGGAACUUUGAACACACACCGAGAUAGUGAAGAGCCAGACGAAAAGCACAGACUAUGGCGCUGAAACGGAUUAAUAAGGAACUUAGUGAUUUGGCCCGUGACCCUCCAGCACAAUGUUCUGCAGGUCCAGUUGGGGAUGAUAUGUUUCAUUGGCAAGCCACAAUUAUGGGACCUAAUGACAGCCCAUAUCAAGGCGGUGUAUUCUUUUUGACAAUUCAUUUUCCUACAGACUACCCCUUCAAACCACCUAAGGUUGCAUUUACAACAAGAAUUUAUCAUCCAAAUAUUAACAGUAAUGGCAGCAUUUGUCUCGAUAUUCUAAGAUCACAGUGGUCUCCUGCUUUAACUAUUUCUAAAGUUCUUUUAUCCAUUUGUUCACUGCUAUGUGAUCCAAACCCAGAUGACCCCCUAGUGCCAGAGAUUGCACGGAUCUAUAAAACAGACAGAGAUAAGUACAACAGAAUAUCUCGGGAAUGGACUCAGAAGUAUGCCAUGUGAUGCUACCUUAAAGUCAGAAUAACCUGCAUUAUAGCUGGAAUAAACUUUAAAUUACUGUUCCUUUUUUGAUUUUCUUAUCCGGCUGCUCCCCUAUCAGACCUCAUCUUUUUUAAUUUUAUUUUUUGUUUACCUCCCUCCAUUCAUUCACAUGCUCAUCUGAGAAGACUUAAGCUCUUCCAGCUUUGGACAAUAACUGCUUUUAGAAACUGUAAAGUAGUUACAAGAGAACAGUUGCCCAAGAUUCAGAAUUUUUUAAAAAAUGGAGCAUGUGUAUUAUGUGGCCAAUGUCUUCACUCUAACUUGGUUAUGAGACUAAAACCAUUCCUCACUGCUCUAACAUGCUGAAGAAUCAUCAGAGGGGGAGGGAGAUGGAUGCUGAGUUGUCACAUCAAAGGAAGCAGCAUUAUUCUAACAGCAUCCAUUCUUGUUUAAGCCUUCCACUGUUAGAGAUUUGAGGUUACAUGAUAUACUUUAUGCUCAUAACUGAUGUGGCUGGAGAAUUGGUAUUGAAUUUAUAGCAUCAGCAGAACAGAAAAUGUGAUGUAUUUUAUGCAUGUCAAUAAAGGAAUGACCUGUUCUUGUUCUACAGAGAAUGGAAAUUGGAAGUCAAACACCCUUUGUAUUCCAAAAUAGGGUCUCAAACAUUUUGUAAUUUUCAUUUAAAUUGUUAGGAGGCUUGGAGCUAUUAGUUAAUCUAUCUUCCAAUACACUGUUUAAUAUAGCACUGAAUAAAUGAUGCAAGUUGUCAAUGGAUGAGUGAUCAACUAAUAGCUCUGCUAGUAAUUGAUUUAUUUUUCUUCAAUAAAGUUGCAUAAACCAAUGAGUUAGCUGCCUGGAUUAAUCAGUAUGGGAAACAAUCUUUUGUAAAUGCAAAGCUGUUUUUUGUAUAUACUGUUGGGAUUUGCUUCAUUGUUUGACAUCAAAUGAUGAUGUAAAGUUCUAGAGAGUGAAUAUUUUGCCAUGUUCAGUUAAAAGUGUGCAGUCUGUUACAGGUUGACACAUUGAUUGACCUGAUUUAUGCAGAAUUAAUAAGCUAUUCAGAUAGUGUAGCUUUAGUAUGCUGCACAUGAUACUGGCAGCCCGGGAGUUCAUAGAUGGACUUGGGACCCAGCAGUUUUGAAACGUGUAUAUGGAGUUUAAGAAAUUUAUUUUCCAGGUGCAACCCCCAUCUAACUAAAUUUUUUCUUCACCUUGUACACUUGACAGCUGAAAAAACCAUAACAUGGGAGUAAUAAUGGGUCAAAAUUUACAAAAUAAAGUACUGUUUUGGUGUGGGAGUUGUCAUAAGGCUAUGUUGAAGUGACUUAACUAUGUGGGAUAUUGAGGUUUUUUUUUUUUUUAAUGGAGUGAGUAUCCAUUAAAAUGAAUUUGUUCAGCCAUUUACAUUAAUGAGCAUUUAAAUGCAACAGAUAUCAUUUCAGGUGACCUAACAUGAAUGAAUAAAAGUCAAUGCUAUUGGAUUAUUUUUUGUUUGACAAGUGCUAUCUGUGCCACUUAUUUAACUUCUGUAGUAACAAGGGCAUUAUCAUUCUUCACCCUUCCUAAUUCUGACCCUAUAGUUUUAUUACUUUUUCCUAGUUACUUUGAUUUGUCCAUUGCUUUCUUAUAGUCCUGUAUUCAAUUUCUAGCACAUCUGUGACUUUUCCACUUCCACAUUUUUGCACUGCUUACACUUAACGUGCAAUCUUAUUCCUUGUCUGCGCACAGAUGUGGAAAGUUAGAUAUAAAAUAAAUGUUAAAGCUUGAUUUUUAUAAACAUUUUAAUAUGUAGUUUGGACAUGAUUUAUUGACUUAAGAUUCUUUAAACUGAAAGUGAAAUGCAUGCCUUCUGAAGAUGUUUUGGCUUUGUUAAUUCUGUAAUAAGCAUUUCAUUGAGAAAUAUCAAUCCAGUUAUACAAUUUUCCAAUGAGUGAAUUUUUCAUUUUAUCUUUUGCUUUAAAAAUAACUCAAGGGUAGAUGUCAUACUGUUAAAACUGUUGGAUUCAAAGUACAA